AGCAUACCCUCUGCUCUCGGCUGGAAGUUCGACGGUAAAGUCAGACGUUACUACGUGGCUGCCGAGGAGGUAGAAUGGAAUUACGCUCCUACAGGAUGGGAUAACUGGCUGGGUGUUCCCUUGAACGAUUCGAUCCGCGCAAGACAAGCCGGUUACCUCGAGCAUGGCACUGUGUGGACCAAAGCUCUGUACAGGGGUUUUACCGAUGCAACGUUCACGCAGCUUAGUGAAGAACUUCCCUUUCAAGGCACUCUUGGACCUACUCUGCGCGCUGAAGUUGGUGACCUGAUCGAGAUCUUAUUUGUCAAUAAUCUGACUAGCCACUACGCUACAAUGCACUCUAUGGGUCUUUCAUACACCAAGUUCAGCGAAGGUGCCGACUAUCCCGACACUGGCUCGGGCACUCAUGCCAAGAUCCCCGAAGAAGAUGCAGUACCACCAGUUGAGCCCGGAGUCGCACCAGGCGGCUGCGUCGUUUAUAAGUGGAUGGUUACAGACAUCGCAGGUCCAAAUUACGAUGAGCCGGCAAGGACUCACAGCUAUCACUCCUACGUCUCUAUCCAGCAGGAUACCAAUGCUGGACUGAUCGGUCCUACCAUUAUUUAUGCCAAGGGGACCAUGGACAAGGUCAUGGCUGAAUAUCGCGAGAUCCCGUUCCUUUUCAACAUCUAUGAAGAGGAUACCUCUUUCCUUUCCGGUAUCAACGCAAAAAAGCUCACUAACCAGACUAUCAACAACCAGAUCACGACGCUCUUCAAUGCCAACAGCUCCAUCUGGUACCCUCAGGAAGUCAACAUCAACGGCGCUGGACAGUUCUCCUCUGCACCCUCAUUCCGUUCCAUCAAUGGCUACGUCUACUCUAAUAACCCGGUCUUCGAGAUGUGUCUCGGCGACAAGGUUUUGUGGUACGCCAUGUCUUACGGCAGUGCCGCUCACGUCUUCCACAUGCACGGAAACGCUUUCACUUGGGCAAAGGUUGGCCAGUAUGCGAUCGCUCUGGGUGAUGGUGUUGGCAAGACAUUAGUCAUGGAUGCUACCGGUCCGGGACUUUGGCAGGUUGUCUGCCAUGUCGAGAGCCAUUUGAGCGCAGGUAUGGUAGCCAACUACAAAGUCUACAGCGACAACUGCCCAUUGAAGCCCUUG